ACACAACAUUGUGUUACAAUCACAGUGUCUGCACCACAUGCUUAGACACAUAAAUAUAUGUACAAGCACACAUCUUUGUGUUGAAUGCCCUUCGACGAUUUUAUACGGAUACUUAAGAUAAAUAAUUAUUUGUGAUAUCGGUACCAUCUAGAGGAAUACGAAUUUUUAAUAAUGAAUUAUGAUGACGUUAUUGAGGAAUUGGGUUCUUUUGGAAAAUUUCAAAGACGUGUUCUAUUCCUGAUCUCGGUACCAUGCCUUCUCACCGGGUUUGGGGCUCCAGCGACGAGUUUUAUCUUAGGAAAUCACGAACACAGGUGUAAGCUUCCAUUCUACGAGAACGAUACAUUUGCUGUACAGUCGGAGACACAUCUAGAGAUUAUAAAUGGAACAAUACCUAGAAAUUCCGAUGGUACCUUGUCAAAGUGCACCAUACUGGUCAAUGGUACAGAGACGAAGUGUUCCGAAUGGGUGUACGACCAAUCACAAUUCAAGCGGACUGUUACAUCGGAUUUUAAUUUAGUUUGUGACAAUCUGUACAUCCGAUCUCACCUCAAAACAUCAUACCUGUUUGGAUUUCUCGUGGCAUCCAUGAUAUCGCAACUGGCUGAUGUAGUGGGUCGCCGGAUCAUGCUGCUGGCCAUUGGUACCAUCAAUGUCGUCGUCGUAUUCACUGUCCCAUUCUCCAUCUCUAUACCAAUGUUUGCGACAUUGAGAUUUUUUGAGGGACUGUGCUCAAUGGCUUUUUACCAGGUGUCUUUCGUGACAGUAAUAGAGUUGGUUGGUCCUUUGGAAAGAAUUUUCACAGCCAAUCUAUCGAAGAUUCUCUAUUGUUUUGGCGAGUUCUUCCUGAUUUUGUUGGUGUUCUUCGAGAGGGAUUGGUUCUACCUUAUGUUGUGGCUUGCGAUUCCGGCAAUAACGCCAUUGGUAUUUUGGGUCCCUGGACUUGUACCGGAAUCUCCUCGAUGGCUGACGGCCAGGGGACGUACAGAGGAGGCGUCCAAAAUACUGACCAAAAUGGCGAAAGUCAACAAGGUUCAGAAAAACUUCGAUGCCUUCAAGAUCAAACGUGAAGCGGAUCCAGGCAUGAUGAUUAUCGUUAAGGAAUUACUUCACUCCAAAGCACUUCUUAAAAGACUUUUCAUUGUAGUUGGUAACUGGUUCGUGGUGUCUUUCAUUUAUUACGGUUUAACGAUGAAUGUUGACUCGCUUGGCGGGAACAUAUACGAGAACUUCGCUCUACUUGUGUUGGUUGAAUUGUUUGGAUACAGCGCCAUUUUCUUACUGAACUUGACCGGACGCAAACCAAUGCACCUCGCGUCCAUAUUCGGAUGUGGCGUGGCAUCUAUAGGUUCUAUCCUGCUCAUACUCUUUGCGGAAAACACUCUAUACUGGUUACACAUCCUCCUAGCUUUGGUUUCCCGGUUUGGAAUUUCAGUCCUGUUCGCCGUUCUUUAUGUCUACACCGGAGAGUUGUUCCCGACAGUCAUUCGGAGUAUCGUGAUGGGGACAGUCAGCAUUGGCGCCCGCGUAGGCUCCAUGAUUUCCCCAUAUUUGUAUGACAUUACGGAUGGUAAGAUGGGGAAAAUGUUGCCACUGAUCGCAUAUGCGGUACUGACAAUCACAGUUGGGUUGCUUUCCAUUAGACUUCCAGAGACGAACAAGCAGAAAUUGAUAGAAACGGUGAAAGAAGUCGAUCAAUUGGAUGUAGAUUUGGGCAGCAAACAUGACGAUGGACACAGCGAAACCCUGCUAUAGAACUGCCGAUGUCCAUCUCUGUCUGCAAUAUACUGGUGAAUGAUGAAGUGUAUUACUUAAACAAAAAUGUAUGUUUGGCACCUGAUCAAUGGAUUACAAGUGUAUACAUAUAAGAAAAGCCGAAGACUUAAUCUUAAUCAAAACACGUGAACAAUAUUAUAUUCUUAUGCAUGAAAUAGUUCAGAAUGCAUGAAAUUCUUCAGAUUGAUAUUAAAUCAGAUAUACAAAA